UAAGACUCAUCCUUCCAGCUGGUUAUUUUGUUGUUACGAAGUUUAAUGAUUAAGUUCACCAGUCUAGUAAGCAAGUCGUGAUGGCAAAAUCAAUCACAUUGUUUGAAUGUGAAUAUCCUUGGUCGCAAACAAUUCAAGGCAUAGCGGAUGCGCCAGGUCGAAAACCAGCACAAACACAAAACCCAAAGUGAUGGAGAUACUCAUUGGGUUAAGCAGCAUCUGCGAAGGAAGGAAUCCAAACCCUGUAGGUCAGAGAUAUAAUAACAGCACCCAGCACUCCCCUAUACGGUUUAUUCACUAAGCGAAGGGCUACAUUUGGGGGAAACAUACAACAAAUCUAAUUUAAAGUUACAUCGCGUUUGGGCGCAAGAAAGAAUCAACAGAAAGGAGAGGAAAUCUGCAGACGGCGGAAAUCCGAGCAACACACACAAGGUGCUGGAGGAACUCAGCAGGCCAGGCAGCAUCCAUGGAAAAGAGUACAGUCGACGUGUCGGGCCGAGACCCAAAAACAGAAUGUUGGUUACAAGGAACAUCGUGUAAUGCGAAUACAUCUACCUCAGUAAACUCGCUCGAGCGAGCGGAAUGAUUCUAGAGCAGAUCUAUUCAUUCAUCCAUGUGAAGAUAUGGAGAUAAAUCUUUAUGUGAAGAUGCCUUUAUCUAUAUUGCACAAAACGUCCUUCGCUGAAUACUGGGACAUGGGCGGAGAAUAUAAAAUGGAAGUAGACACGAGAGCAACAUUGAAGAGGAUUUUAGGCUGGCACAUAGACUUGUGGGGAAUGGAGGGAUGCGGAUUUUGUGCAGGCAUUCGGAGUUACUUUAACCUGUGAAGAGCGCAACAUGUGGGCUGAAGGGCUUGUUCCUGUGCUGUAUUGUUCCACGCUCUUCAAGUUAGAUAAAUUGUGUAAGAAUGGUCAUUCUACUAUCUGCAGUCUCCUGUGCGUUCAGGAGGACGCUAAGUAUGCUUUCAAGACACUUAGUGAAAUCAUUCAUACUUAGCUGUUCAAUAAUCGGGGUGACAUUAAGUCUGUUAAACGUUAAGUUUUCUCGUAGUAAUCAUUAGGACGAAAACAGAGUUGCAGGGUUUGUUACAUUACAAAAUUUGCCCGAAUAACCAUUUCCCUCGAUACCCCAGGCGUCCCAGUUCGAUUGGGAUGCCUCGGCAUUGAAGUCGACCGGGGGGCGGUGGGCUACAGCCGCAGUUUGUUUUCCCCGUCCGGCGAAGACACACUUCCAAACAUAAUAGCGACUGCGAGGGAAGUUUUACAUAGUCUCGUGGUCUGGAUGGGCCAGUGCACGGUCGGGAUGUUUCCAAAUUUGUUGCUGCAUCAGUAAAAAUCGGGUACUUAAGUGCGUUGCAGGGGGAAAUUCCCUCCACCCACUAAAAUGAUCAAAUAAAGCCCUGUUUGGGCUCUCGUCCUGCCUCGGGGUCGCAGCGGCCGGACAUCUGAUCCUGGACGGCGUCAUCACCAGGUCCGGCGCCAACAAAAAUCACUUCGCAGGAUAUGACCAGCCUAUCUGAUCCCAGAUAUAAAUUCGGCCGUCGGCUGCCGCAGAGACGCAGAGAGCCCCGUCAACUUGAGCUCCGCCAGUCAGCUGCCGAAGCGGCGCUAAGGGAGUCGGUUUGAAACCGAGUGCGUGCGCUCCUCCAGCUCCAUCCACAUCACUCCAGCUCUGCACCGGCCAAGGAGCUGAGCUCCCCUUAUCCUCUUGUUGCCGCUGCAAGGUUGUUCACUUAAGGUUCUCACAGGCCGUUUUAGUGGGUUAUUGGAGGCCACAUCAUUUCCCAGCCAUGAGCCCUGUCUACACCUGGAUCUCUGUCGCCUUUCUAAUCGGCCUGGCUCAGGAGUCGAGGUGCCAGGAUUUCCGCAAUGUCUCACACUUCGGAAGUAUGUUGGGGCGCAUCCUUUUCAGGAGCAAGCGAGCCAUCUCCCAGAUCGACAAAGAUGAGAUUUUGCAGCUUCACAACCACCUGCGCGGACAAGUCUACCCAUCAUCCUCCAAUAUGGAGUACAUGGAGUGGGAUAAUGAAUUGGAACGGUCUGCUGAAAGCUGGGCCCAACAGUGUGUCUGGGAUCAUGGCCCUUCUCAACUAAUCAAGUCAAUAGGUCAGAACCUGGCAGUGCACUGGGGCAGGUACCGAUCUCCAGCUUCACAUGUGCAGGCCUGGUACGAUGAAGUCAAAGAUUACACCUACCCAUAUCCUCAUGAGUGCAAUCCAUGGUGUCCUGAACGAUGUUCUGGUACAAUGUGCACCCAUUACACCCAAUUGGUGUGGGCAACAACGAACAGAGUUGGCUGUGCUGUCAAUGUUUGCGCAAGAAUGAAUGUGUGGGGAGAAAUCUGGGAGAACGCUGUCUAUUUAGUGUGCAACUAUUCACCAAAGGGGAACUGGAUUGGAGAAGCUCCUUAUAAGCAUGGCCGUUCAUGUUCAGCAUGCCCGCCCAGCUAUGGUGGAGGCUGCAAGAACAACCUCUGCUACAAAGAGAAUACUAUAAAAAGACCACAGCAUGAACAUACAAAUGAAGUUGAGCCUCCACAGGUCAAUACAGAUGUGCUAAGUCCUUGGAACGUACCGGAGAUCCAACCAAAACCGAAGCCAGGACCAAACGUGGAACAUAGCGGCUAUGAUUACAUGACUCAAGUCAUCAAAUGUGAAACAAAAAUGAGAGACAAAUGCAAAGGGACAACUUGCAACAGGUACAAGUGCCCAGCCAAUUGCAGAUCUUCAAAGGCUAAAGUAAUUGGGACACUCUACUAUGAAACGCAAUCCAGUAUUUGUCGGGCUGCAAUACACCAAGGGAUUAUCAAGAACGAAUAUGGUGGUCUUGUGGAUAUCACUCGGAAAAAAAAAAUCCCCUUCUUUGUCAAGUCUACCAAAAAUCAUAUUCAGUCCAUAAGCAAGUUCAAGCAAGCCAAUGGAUUUACUGUUUCUAAAGUGACCACCCGGUCAGUUGACUGUUAUGCCACAGUGGCUCAGCUUUGCCCUUACAGAAAGCCAUUUACACAUUGUCCAAGGAUUAACUGUCCACCAAGCUGUUUAGAGGAGUUUCCCUUCUGGGCACGGGUCAUCGGCAAUAAAAUUUAUUCUGAUAGAUCCAGUAUCUGUCGAACAGCGGUGCAUGCCGGUGUAAUUGAAAACCACAUUGGUGGACUCGUCGAUGUGAUGCCAGUGGAGAAGAAGAACCGAUAUAAAGGAAUCUCCAAAAAUGGAAUUCAAUCAGAGAGUAUAAAAAAUCCUCCUGAUGGAAAAGCCUUCAGAGUAUUUGCUGUGGCAUGAGCGAGAAGGUAAUUGUGACAGAACUACUCUGGAAGCAACAGCGAACGAAACAUUUUCACAUACCGUGCACACUUGACGAUGUUGAUCAACCUCAUCACAUGAAGGAUUAAACAUCAUCCUCAGAUUAGAAAUCUUACAUCUCAUUGGCUACAAAGAAAAGUGGACUCUGGUUCGAACAUUCCUCUUGUUAUUGUACAUAAUAAAUUUGAUAUUUUGUUUAAAUGCCGAAAUAUAGUUAUUUACAGCAGUGCUGCUAAGUUAUAUUGCUCAGUAUAACAUAGUUAAGUAUUUACUCCUAAUUUGAUCUCUGCCUCAGUGCAAUCUAUUGGAAAUGAUGGGUGCAUGUCUCAUUUACAAUUGUUUGCAUCAGUGCGAAUGGACAAAGUACCGUGUGUGCACAUUGCAGGAGACGAACGCUGGAGAACGGUUAAAGGCGGGGCCUUCAGGUCUUUGUGACACUUCCGGCAGUUUUCUCUUCACCCAGAGGUGUACCCAAUAAAUCUGGUGAUCCUGCAGGCUGAUCUACCAGAAUGUGUGUUGCUCUGGAUUUCCAGCAUCUGCAGAAUCUCUUGUGUUUGUGAAAUGUUUUUUUUUAAAAAGCUGCUUUCAGUUGCACAACAACAAAUGUCUGUGUUCUUUGAGUUUAUUUGGAACCUCAGAAGCUGAUAAUGUAAGAAUUUGCUUGAAGUUCCAAGAGUUCAUUUUGUGCAAACAUUUUUUUUGUCGUAUGGGGCUGUUACAUUCUAAUGAAUGCAAACUUAUUUCUUGAAUCAGUGCAUAAGCAGAUACCUUAUGAAUAAUGCUCUCCGCCUCUGCCUCCCCAUUAGUUGUCCUUCAGCAUUAGCACCUGACAGGAGUAAGGUAAAAGAUGAAAUGAAUCGUGCAUGACGUGAGACAAAAGGAAGGAAUUUGUAUGCUUUGGCAAACAAGGAAUGAGAUACACACAGGUGUAUGUGGUGUCUCGUUGACUGAGGAUUAUAAGUGUCUUGUGGCUGAGCCACUCGUGUAAAUAAUAGCUCAAGUUAAUAGAGGACCACACACAGCCCUGCACUUCACCCUCAUCCAUCUAGUGUUCUGUAAAUAAACUAAACCUUGGUGAAAUCAUUCCUUUCACAUUGAUACCUCCAUCAUUCCCUCUUUAUUCAAUUACCCUCAGUGUUUGACAAAAGUUUCUUAUUUAUUUGGUCAGAGCACUCUUUGCUCUGUCAUGGAGACCACAUGACCCUGUUAUACUGUUUUCUUUUUUAUGAAUUAUAGGUAAUUGAUGACCUUACGAACUUAACAGUUCAAGUGCAUUAGCACAGUGGAUAGUUAAAACGCUGAGACAGAGGGGAAAGUAAGAAGAAUUUUAUUUUGAGAGUCCUUGAUUACCCAGUAAUCAAUGUAAUCAAUGGAUAAUGUGGUAGCAAUGAAGAAAUAGAGGCAAUAUUAAAAAAAAUGUAUCAGAUCAGAGGUUCUGAAGCUAUUUUUUUAAUUGCAUGCCCACUUCAAAAUUUAUCAACUGUUUAUGUGUAAGUUACCAUCAUGUUUAAUAUUUUAAGCCUAUAAUUAACUUUUUAACAAUUUAACUUUAAAUGAUAUUAAAAGUUCCCUACAUAUUUUUCUAUUCCAUUUGUUACUUAAGAAUACAGCACUCUAUCAAAUUUUAUCAAUGACUAACCUGUUUAGUCUAAAGUAAACAAGAAAUAUGGGCAUGCUAGCACAGUUUGGGAACCCCUGGAUUAAUGCAUUGGAUUCACCACUGUGGUUUAGGAUUUUUUUUUUAGCUUUUUAAUUGUAAAAAAAUCUCUUAUUUCUCUUUAUUGGAUACCUGCAAACUGUCAGAAUGAAGACUUGCAUGUGCAAAUUCUGACAAUAUUAAAUAUAAUUUAUUGCGUCGGGCAACAGGGAUGAAGAUAGCCGCUCAACCACUUUGAUUUUUGUUACUGCAUCACAUUGUAUAUUUUUUCAUAUCUAUGUUUAAGACUAAAUAGACUUACAAGCCGCUAACUAUUUUUAAUACUUUAUAAAACUGAGUGCAUUAUUUCACAAUAAAAUGUUAUUUUUCUCUCGGA